GACACGGGUAUGAACUGUUCUUACUUGUAGUCCUAUAGGCUAAUACUGUUGAGCCGACUAUGGACUUGCAUUAAUAAUAUUUUAGAAAGAGAGUUCAAAUAGCGUUAUUAUCGCUUUAUUUUCCAAAAGGCAAAAUUAUGCUUUAACCUUGAUGGGUUUGUUUUUUUUUCUUGCACUGCCACUAAUGCGGUUAUAGGCGAAAGCAAGCGUGUGCCUGGAAGUUGUAGUUACAUCCACUGCCAGCUGCAUCCAGCUGAGGUGAACAGGUGGUGCUUGGCUGAGUUUCCGAUAAGGGUUGUGCAUUAGCGAUACGGCGUCAGCAGAGCAGAGGGGACUCAGAUGUCCCUUUCCGACAAGCCCGCACCUUAGUUUAGGACACUGAAAGCCACGGGCGUUUCUGUAAAGUAAGGUGAGACAUUCGUUUAAAACUAAUAUCAAAAUAAAGCCGUCGAGAUGCCAGAAGCGGGGACGGAUAUGAGUAUGGACAGACUCUUUGGGCUUAAACCCCCGACGUCCGUGGGCACAGAAAAUAUCGCGCCUUCCUCUUUGACUGGUGGUCCACCGGGAGACAUCCUUCGAAAUUUUUAUCACACGAAGAGGGUUGGAAAUUAUCUAAUCGGAAGAAAACUCGGAGAGGGAUCUUUCGCCAAAGUUCGUGAGGGUCUUCACGCGUUGACCGGUGAGAAGGUGGCAGUGAAGGUGAUAGACAAGAGGAAGGCCAAAAAAGACUCGUACGUGACAAAGAACCUGCGUCGGGAGGGCCAGAUCCAACAGAUGAUCCGUCAUCCCAACAUCACGCAGCUGCUGGACAUCCUGGAGACGGAGAACAGCUACUACCUCGUCAUGGAGCUCUGCCCCGGGGGCAACCUCAUGAACCUCAUCUAUGAGAAGAAGCGUCUCGAUGAGAGGGAGGCACAGAAGUAUGUCCGGCAGCUGGUCAUGGCUGUGGAGCACUUGCACAGAGCCGGGGUGGUGCACAGGGACCUAAAGAUUGAAAAUCUCUUGCUGGAUGAACAAGACAACAUAAAGCUAAUAGAUUUUGGGCUGAGCAACUGUGCAGGGAUCCUGGGAUAUUCAGACCCUUUCAGCACCCAGUGUGGCAGUCCGGCGUACGCCGCCCCCGAGCUUCUCUCCAGGAAGAAGUAUGGGCCCAAAGUGGAUGUCUGGUCAAUUGGAGUAAACAUGUACGCCAUGCUCACUGGCACCCUUCCCUUCACGGUGGAGCCGUUCAGCCUCAAAGCCCUGCACCAGCGGAUGGUGGACAAAGACAUGAACCCGUUGCCUCCUUCGCUCUCCUCAGCUGCAGUUAGUUUGCUGAAGAGCCUUCUAGAACCAGACCCUGCCAAAAGACCCAACAUCCAUCAAGUUAUGGCUGACUCCUGGCUACAGCUAGGCAACCCGCACACUGGGAUCCCUUACCUGAACAGGAUCCAUAUCGAGGAGAUCAACCACACGGUCCUCCUGCACAUGACUGAACGGAUGGGCUACAAGCACAGCGAGGUGCUCAGCGCCGUGCUCACCAACCGUGCCUGCCAUACCCUUGCUGUCUACUUCCUCCUCAACAAGAAGAUGAAGAGACUCUCCAAAGAAUAUCGGGAGAAGCAGUACACCAUGGAGAAGGAGAAAAAGAGUGAGCUGUUCCAGACACAGUGGAGGAAACACAUUGAGAAGAUCACCAUCCCUCCCAAGCAAACGCCCAUCUACCUGGCCGUGAGCAAGGGCCCCACCAAAGAAAAGAAACCGAAAACGGGACUCCUCAAAGCGAUGACGGGACUGAAGGAUGCUUACUCUGGCCAGGGUGGCUGCAUCGCCUCCUCCUCUCUGGAGUACCUGGAGAUCCACCCGCUGUAUGCCCGCACGGCCCAGGAAGGCCGGCACCUCGACACCCAGCCGCCCGAGAAGGGUGGCUCCAAAGACGGCCCGAGAGCCGUCGACGUCCCUGCCCGGCCGCCCUCGUCGCUGGGCGCGCACUCCUGGGCCUCGGCCAGCAAGGAGACCACCAAAGACGCCCCUCCGUCGCCCUGGUACAAGCUCACCAACGGUGCCCUCUCACCGCCCCGCCACGUUUCUGCCUUCCAGGUGGACAGCUCCUACCUGAAGAAGGCCACCAUCCCCAGCCCCCCGGUGCUAGUAGUCAAACCCCCACCCAAGAAGAGCCCCCCCACCACGGACUGGCCCAGCCCCAGCAAGUCAGGCGGCUGCCCGCCCGGCAGCGGGGGUGGCGAGGGGCCCGAGAGCCCACAGCACCGUGCCAAGUUCCCCUCCAUGGGCAUCGGCCAGAUCUUGAAAAAGAAGGUGCCGCCCUUCACCUUCCAGGUGCCUCCAUUCAGACCAGAAAAAGCAGUGGAAAUGGAGUCGCCCACUCCGUACCACAUGCAGACGCUGCUCUGCGCAUCCGGGGCCCUCAAAACCCUCUGCUGAUGGAGAGACUUUCCAAAGCUUAAUAUCUUCUGAGCUGUCACCUUCUGAAGUAAAGAAAGUAAAGAAAAAACUAACAAAAACCACAGAAAAUGUAUGCAGUAAUUUUCUAGUUGACUCCCACUGCUUCGACUCUGUUUGAAGCAGCAGGGCUCCCAGCCUGACUGGGCCUGACCUACGUCCUCCGGGGAAUUCGCUGACUUCUGUCCUCCAUAUGCACAAAUUGAGCCAAUGCCUGUAGAGAUCACGCACCCCAGCUCCGAACACUGUGUUACUAGAUUACCUCUUCCGCCAUGCUCCCGGCGGCACGGCCGUCGCCGAGAGAAAACUUCACAAGUCUCGGAAACGCUGACUUUAAUACUUGUUGCAGAAUGCAACAAGGCUGUUUUUGAACAUCUGCCUCCGCUGUUCCGGCUCGAGGCUCAGAAAAAUGACUUUCUCUCCAUUAGAUGUUCUGCUUACAUUUCACAAUAUGCAGCAUCACUGCCAGAUCAGUAUUUGUAUGUACCUCGGGGCUCUGGGGAAGCAAUACAGCUUGAGACUGUUUCGAUGCCAAUGUUUUGUAUUACAUAAUUGCAAUUGCUGGGUAAUUCCAACUCACAAGAUACAGACACUCAGGUCUAGCUGACAGAGCCCACCCUUCUCACAGACGAAGUCUUCUCCCUUUAGCCCUGCGGACCUAUCCGGUGACCGUCCACAUUCCUGUUUCAGCUUCCUCCUAAGUCAGGAGGUCACUGAGCUCAUGUAUAGCCUUAAGAUGUGUUGCGUUUAAGGCCUUAGCCUGAGGGGGAGGGGGGCGGGUUCGUGGUGUUCCGGUACGUCCUGUAGCUUCUGUGUUAUCCCACUGAGUGACGUGAUGCAGCGAGUGUGUACGGGAUAAUCCCAGAGACGCACAAUGCCGAGGCGCUUUAGUUCUGUACAUUGAACGAGUGUGGUCCCGUGACUUGAAAACUGCUUGUGAACGUGAACUCCGUGCAUCCUUCAUCCUUCCUGAACCUUUUCGCGUGUGCGUUUGCCGCACACCACUGUAGCUGAGGCGAGAAGCCUUUGGCUUUUUGGUCUUUACUUGCACAGAAGGCUGUGAACUGUUUGUUAAUGAACUUUCUCCCCUAAUGUCAACUACUUCUUUGCAUGCAGUGAACCCAGUUUGGAGUAUUGUGUCCGCUUUUGGAGACUUUUCUUCGAUAUGAAGAUUUAAGGUGUAAAAUCUUUUGAAUCCUUGAAGGUUUUUUUGUACGUUUUUGUAACAUGUUGCUGUGCUUAUGUGAUGAGAGAUUUUUAUGCUGUAAAAAAAAGAUUUUAAAUAUUUAUAUUUCAAAACA